AUACUCUGCAGCUCAGUCAGCAGCGCUUCAGACGCGCUCCCUGCCGCUCACACGAGUUUCAGGUUGAUCAAACGCAAGUAACUCCGCGGCCACAACUUUAGUUUCACAAACUUGCUUCUGUUUCGAUACAAUGUUGGAUUAAACCCACUAACCUUUUGUUCCGACCACAGAAGGUUUGUUUUACGACAGCGCAGGUACAAUGACCGCAUUCUGCAGCAGAUCGACUGAUUAGAGGGAGAGGUCAGUGUUUGCACUUUGACCUGUAGGUUUGGACAUAUAGAGAAGAGGACACGGACAAUCUAGCACCAUGGAUAUCGGCAACGAUGUGGACCUGUCCAAUAAAAACAUCACCCCAUUGUGGAAACGUCGCACGGACUCUUGUAAAAAGACCCAGGACUCAAGUAAAUCCAAACCACGACCCCUCAGUUACCACUCAAAUGGGGCCAUGACGACGGACUUCCCUGUGGAGGACAACAAGUGUUCUUUCACCUUGAGCCAACCUGCCGAGAGGCUGGUGGUCGCACCCCCCAGUUGGGGCAAGAGCACUGUGGUGUUGAAGCACGUUCUGCACAAACCUGCCAAGAAAACCAGAGUUGUUCGAAGCAUCAGCAUUGGGCACCUCUCCAACGGACUCUUCUCACUGUCCAAAUUUAGGUCUGAGGACAGAUCCACUUCACUGGACAAUAGAGUGUGUAAUGGAGACAGGAAAACCAGCAAUGGAGUGACAGUGUGGCAGGAAAAGCAUCUCCAAGACCCCCAGAAACACACGUCCAGCUCGUCCAGUUUGAUCUCACAGAAGGACCAGAUUGCGUAUGGGAAGAGUUCACCCGACGGUGUUCUUCUUAAUUCCUCCCCUGUCAUGUGUCCACGCUCUCCCAACAACAACCACAAAUACAACCACCAUGAACUGUCCUCUGUUUCGUCUGCAUCCAGUCCUUCGCCUCCAGCCCGGCGUACCCCUACCCCCUCCCACAGCUCCACCUCCAGCAUCCCCUCCCUCUCAUCCCUUACCUCCUCAGACCCCCCGACCCCACGCUCCCCAUCGCCAGCAGACAGAGGACAAGUGCUCCAUAGACCGUCCUCAUUCUCGCCUGCCUCCUCUCAGGACACCAGACAUGCUUCUUCCUCUUCUUCCCUCUCCUCCACCUCACCCUCUCCCUCCCUUUCCCCAUCUAUGCCUCCCUCUCCUUCCAUCGUCCUCAGCACCCACAGCCCUGCUGCCCUGAAGAUGGGCACCCAGCAGCUCAUUCCCAAGGGUUUGGCAUCGGAUACUCGGCAGAUCAAGGCGCCCGCCUCUGAGCCACAAGGCCAUGGUCUGGCAGGGCUGCUGGGGUUGGAUCAUUCCAAGCGAGCGGUGAAAGCCCUUAGCAUGGUAGAAACGGGAACCUACUUUUCUACAGGAGGGGUCCAAAGCGAAGCGACAGACGGGGAAAGUGAGAGCCCGGGGACACUAAGAAGGGGCCUGAGGAGUACGUCCUACAGGAGGGCUGUUGUAAGUGGAGUAGACUUAGAGGUCCCGUCGGUAGAUCCUAAGGCCCAUCGGUUGUCGCAGCCUGUCAUCAAAUGGCUGAAUGAGGAUAAUCCAGAUUCACCAGUGAGCCCUGCAAGUCCUGGCACUGUUAGCCUCACUAGCCCCGGAACAGCCAAGCCUGCGAGCCCUGGGACACCCAAACUCACAAACCCUGGGACACCCAAACUCACAAGCCCUGGGACCCCCAAACUCACAAGCCCUGGGACACCCAAACUCACAAGCCCUGGGACACCCAAACUUUCUAGUCCUGGGACACCCAAACUUUCUAGCCCUGGGACACCCAAACCUGUCAGCCCAAAGAUUGCAAAGCCUGCCAGCCCUGGGACAGAAAAUCCUACUGGCAUUGGAAAAAACAAGAGUCCAGAUAAGAAGAAAGUUUUGACCACUCAGCGGACAUUUGACAGUGAGGAGGAAGAACUGUACCAGAACUACCAGGAAAAGGCCUUACAUAAUGAUUCGGAUGAGGAUGCCGAUUCCAGAGAACCCAAACCCGAUAACGGCAUUGUGGUGCAGUACAGACCUAUACGUACCUCCUGGAGCCAACUCAGUGUGGUAAAGAAAAGCGGUCUGUCUGAGAGGAUGAGUCAGGAAGAACGCAAAAGACAAGAGGCCAUUUUUGAGGUGAUCUCGUCGGAGCACUCUUACCUCCACAGUCUAGAGAUCCUUAUCCGAAUGUUCAAGAACUCUGCAGAGCUCAGCGAGGCCAUGACCAAGACUGAACACCACCACCUCUUCUCCAACAUCACCGACGUCUGUGAGGCUAGCAAGAAGUUCUUUAAGGAACUGGAGGAAAGACACCAACAGAACAUCGUAAUCGGUGACAUCAGCGACAUCAUGAACAAGCAUGCACAGUCCAGCUUUGAUCCUUACAUCACGUACUGCUCCAAUGAGGUCUAUCAGCAGAGAACCCUGCAGAGGCUGGUGUCAAAGAAUCCAGUAUUUAAGGAGGUGCUAAACAGGAUAGAGAGCCACCCAGACUGCAGGAACCUCCCCAUGAUCUCCUUCCUCAUCCUGCCCAUGCAGAGGAUCACUCGCCUGCCCCUGCUCAUGGAUACAAUUUGUCAGAAGACACCUAAAGACUCGGCACAAUAUGAGGAGUGUAAGAAGGCUUUGCAAGCAGUCAGCAAGGUGGUGAGGAAGUGUAAUGAAGGAGCUCGCACAAUGGAGAGAACGGAGAUGAUGUAUACCAUCAACUCUCAGCUGGAGUUCAAGAUCAAGCCGUUCCCGCUCGUCUCAUCCUCCAGGUGGAUGGUGAAGAGAGGAGAGCUGACGGCGUUCGUAGAGGACAACGGCAUCUUCCUUAAGCGGACGUCGCGGCAACAGGUCUACUUCUUCCUCUUCAAUGACGUCUUCAUCGUCACCAGGAAGAAGAGUGAGGAGAGUUACACUGUGAUCGACUACGCUCUGAGAGACCAGAUCUGGGUGGGUCCCUGCCAGCCAGAGGAUGUCAACCUGUCACCGGUCAGAAGCACCGCCAGCAUGCUGAGCUCACGGCAAGCUGGCGCCAACCAUCUUUUCCGCCUGCGCUUCCGUAGCAACCACUCCGGUGAAAAGGUGCCCAUGAUCCUGGGGACGGAGCUGCUGAAUGAGCGUGCCAGAUGGAUCAGCGCUCUGGGCCAGAAUGUCAGCAACAACAAGAAUCAGGACAGAACCAAUGUGAUGCAGGUGGAGGUGAUCAGAACUUACACAGCCAAGCAGCCAGAUGAGUUGUCCCUGCAGGUGGCUGAUGUUGUGUUGGUCUCACAGACUGUAGAGGAUGGCUGGUAUGAAGGCGAGCGACUGCGCGACGGAGAAAGGGGGUGGUUCCUCGCCGAGUGCGCAGAACCAAUCACAUGCCAGGCCACCAUCGAGCGCAACAUGCAGAGGAUGGACCGCCUGCAGGGGUUGGAGACUAAUGUGUGAGCAGGAUGAGCCAAGUGCUUAAACCACAGAGGGCUUUUCUCACCCUUUGACUCACGAGUGACCUGCCAUUUAAGAAGUGAACCCAAAGAAAUGGGUUCAGUAACAGCAUCAGUGAGCUGCCUUCAGGGACUCCGUGGACCAGGCUGCCUGACUCCUUACAGUGGGUUAAAGAUGAAGCCAUAAUCCUUGCUCAAAGUCCACUAAAUAUCAGGCACUGUGAGAUUCAAAGCAAAGACUUUUCAGGACAAACACGGCAGAACUGUUUUUUUUUAUCCCUUAAUUACUAAUCGCUCCCUGUGUGGGUGGGAUGGCUUGACAGUGGGAUCUGUCACAUUCAUUAAUUCCCCGGUCGGUUAGAAAACUUCACACCCACUGCCGGAGUCACUGCUUUCAACACCCCGCUCUGCAGAGCGACUGAUGGUGUGAAAUUUGUAAAUUUUGUUAUUUUUUUUCAAGCAUAUUUUUUGAGUGCAAGUGAUGUGCAAUGGAAUAAUUGACACUACGGUAUCGCUAUAGGAGGUAAAAUAGACCAAAUAGUGUGAAAAUGACAGCAGCCUGAUUCGUGCUCUGUUAACACGGAUCAGGCCGUGUGAUGAUGAGGAGCUGUGCCAGUAACAAUGUAACUAUGAAGAUGUUGAUAAUAAGGCAAGACGGUGGGAUUGGCAGCUUCUUUACAGCGUGUGGGUUAGUGCAGAAACUCUUCUGAGUGUUUCAGUAGCAUCUGAAGGCAAGUGAAACCAUUACAAUGAUACUUAGAAGAAAACAAAACGGAGUGUGCGUUAAGCUGCAGAGGACAAACAUGAAUGCUACGUGUCUGAAACACACGGCACACGUGUUCAUAGUCAUAAUUAUUUGGAUGAUGAGGAUUACACUGCUCUGGGAGGUGUAAUCUCGUGUCAUCCACGGGUUAAGCAGCAUCACCAACAGUCUGUUCUCUACCUGGCUGUUUGUCACCUGUUAAUGUCACCACCAUGAAUCAGACUCUACAUUUGUGUCACACGUGCCAUUUUUCUCUCCAUCCACUCAAUGAUUUGGAGAGCCUGAAAUAUCACACACACUAGAUGCAACCCAGGGGUGUGUAUAUGUAUAUAUAUAUAUAUAUAUACAUACAUCCCCCAUAGGAUUUAUAUCUGUGAUGUUACAGAGGCAAGCAGAAAUUAAUUUGUGUGUGCUGAUGGUAGGACGGGGGGGAGAGAAGAGCCGGCCCUGCUUUUAAUGUGAUUGUCCAGUGUGAGUCAUCUUUUUAGUGUUGCCAUGCCCAGCUAAAGGAAAUGAAUGGCUUGGUCAGAGUGUGGUGAUAACACCAUCUGUCAAGCCCACUGCUCUGGCUCCAGCCCAAAUGACAACCACAACUGUUGAGCUACAUGAAGCGAGGUAUGACGGCAGCGGGCGGGAAGGACGCAACAACGUAUCCAGACAAAGCUUUGCACUCAGGGAAAAAAUUAGCUAUGUGAUGUCACACAUGUAAGCAUGAAUCGAUCUUUAUUUCAAUCACUUCCUGUACUUGUAACUAUUGUAAAUCAUCUGUGUACAUGUAAAUAUGUAAAACAGCCUGAAUUAUAACUUGUAUGUUUUUCCAAAAUACAGAUUUAUAUUGCCGAAACUUGUUUAGUCAACCUUUAUGUAUUUCACUCCACCAUAAAUAAAAGCUCAAUUGC